UUUGGGAGUCAAAACAGCCAACAAAUAGCAGCGCACACCUCCACGCUUUCUCCCCGUGGCCUUACUAUGGUUCACACAUGUGUGGUGGCCGGCUGCAGGAACAGAAGGACACCGGGCACCACCUUAUCUUUCUACCGUUUCCCCCGGGACCCCGAGAGGAAGCAGCGCUGGAUAGCUGCCGUGAACCGAGAGGGCUGGGUACCGAACGACGGCAGCCGGCUGUGUAGUACUCACUUCAUCUCAGGUAAACAGGUGAAGAAUCCACGUUCGCCAGAUUAUGUUCCUUCUGUCUUCACGGCUGCUCCCUUAUCCCCAGAGAUGAAGGAGCCGGGUGCCUUGGAGAUCCUGGACAAGCAGGAGGCACGCGUGGAGGCCGCUAACGCCUUGUUGUUCCUGCAGGGCCAGGGCCAGGGCCGGUCUGUGGUCCGGGAGCGGGUCCAGGAGGAGCAUCCUGAAGAGAAGGAGCAGGAGGCUGCCGUGGAGGAAAGUGCGUCCUCUUCCCUCAGCACCGAUGAAGAAGACGAGGAUGACGACGAUGAAUCCAUGAGCGACAGCAAGAAAGGAAAGUUUGCUCAGACGUCUGAUGCCUCGGUUAACUUUGAAGACGUUCUGAAAGCCCUGAAGAAGGAGAACCAGAUCCUCAGGGAGUCUGUGGACAAAAUGUCUCUCUCUGAGAACUCGUUGAGGAACGAUGCGGAGAAAGUAAAGUUUUACACCGGUUUACCAAACUAUUUUGUCCUGGAGACGGUCAUGUGGCUUCUGGCGCCUCACAUGGACGGGAUGAAAACUGUGAAGCUCUCCAAGUUCCAGCAGCUGCUGCUGACACUGAUGAGACUCCGUCUGGACCUCCGCAACCAGGACCUGGCCUACCGCUUUGGUGUUAAAGUCGGCACAGUGACCAGAACGGUGCACCAGAUGGUGAACAUCAUGUCCUCCACUCUGGUGCCAACCGCUGUCUUCUGGCCCUCCAGAGCCGAGCUCCGGAAAAACCUCCCGGCAGCUCUGCGCACCUCGCAUCCCGACUGUGCUGUCAUCGUAGACUGUUUCGUGGUGCCCUUUGAGGAGCCGGUUUCCCGGGGCAGCCAGCAGCAGCAGAGGGUGGCGGCGAGCUCUCAGGGGGGCCGGAUAAGUUAUAAUGUGUUAAAAUAUCUGAUUGGUGUGGCGCCGCAAGGCGUCGUCACCUUCGUCUCGAGGGGCGUGCUGGGAAAUGUCAGCGACAAAAGCCUUGCGGAGGGCUGCGGGCUUCUCUGCAAGCUCCUCCCAGGUGACGUUGUGUUGGCGAGUCGUGAUCUUAACAUUGCAGACUCUGUGGCUGCCCGUGGAGCCUUGUUUAAAAUUGCUGGCAGCUACCAAGAAGGGACACUCGGGACCUCUGAGUGCUUGCCACAGGCCGAUACUUCCUCUGAGACAAUGAGCGUGCACAGGCAUGUGGAGAGGGUGAUCUCCAUGGUGAAGCAGAGGUACGCCAUGCUAACAGGCCCUGUUGAGAGCCCCUUUACCACAGUCUCUGAGCGCACCUCAAACCUCUCAACCUUUGAUAAGAUUGUGCAAGUUGCUUGUGCCUUAAACAACCUGUGCAUCUCUGCUGCUCCACUAGAGUGAUCCGUACAGAAAUGCCUCGCACUCCUUAGUGCUGGUCACUUAAGUUCCCUUUACUGCUUCGGACCUUAUUCCACAUUUUCCCACUGCAUCCCAGAGUCAACACUACAGGACAAAUAUAUAAAACUUAUUUAUUCCUGUCCACUUUAAUUUACACUUUCAGUGGAUGUGACUCCCUGUUAUUAAGGUCAGUUUCUGUUUGGAAAUAAGAGCAAAUCAAGAAACCUUAUUGCUAAGAUGUGAUGUCAUCAAAGGGAUACUUCAUGUGCAAAAUUACCAUUUCUAUAUCAAUCACUCACCCUGUUUUACCUGGAAUUCUUGGAGGGAAAGUCGGUCUCAUGCCUCCAUGGUUAACAGAGAAUCCAAAAUUGUUGAUGAAUUUAUGAAAAUGAAACCUUUAAGAAAAGCAAAACUUUAUCAAAACGUCUGUUUACAGACUUUCCCACAGCCCCUCCAGUAUGAACCAACACCUGGACAGAGUUGUUAAAGUUUUGCAAAUGCUUAAUUGUGACUGUUAUCUUUUCAAAGUUAGGGAUAUGCUUGACUUUGAAUAUACAGUCACUGCAACAUUCAACAUUAUAGCUCUACUUUCUUUGCAAUCAGUCUGCUGAGAAACUUUGCAUGCAAACUAUUAUUAAAAAUCUUAGGUUGUUAGAUUUUUCUUUUAUCAUAGGUUUUAUUCGCACAGCAAAAUAACUUAAAAGGCCAUACUGAAACAACUAUUCAUAUUCAUAGAAACCUUAUACAAAGUCCUCACCUAAUAAAGAAGCAUAAAUCCCUGUAUUUAACAGAUCACAAAACAUGAUAUCACCAUAUUGAAGUAUAUUAAGAUCUUCUUACCGUUAGGUUCAAUUCAACAAGAAUAAUUCACAGUGGAGGCAUGUGAAAAAGUUUUCUUUGAUGAUUUGAAGGAGUAAUUGAUACACAAACGAGGAUUUUGCAGGUGAAAUAUUCCUUUAACUUAUGCAACUCAACUGCAAAGGAUGUUUUUUUUUAUUUAGGCUUCGAAUGACAACCAUGUGAGUAAAAGUACCUUUAAAUCUAUUUUUCGUCAUCCGUUUGUAAAUAUGAGGCAUAUGAAGUGCAGUUUGACUGGUGUCAAAUGUUCCUCCUCAACAAAUGUUACAGCAGCUGAUUGAUUUGUCCCUCUGCUGCAGGAAGUGGAUUUGUUGUUUAUCCAGCCGUUAUGUUGCUUCCCUGCUUAUAUAUCAGGUACAGUGAACACAAUACAGAUAUAAAACAGGUUAAUAAUGCAGCUCUCCUGUCUGUUUGAGUCAAGAAACAUGUCAUGGUUAAUGAGGGUUUUGAGGGGUUACCUUUUUUUGGCAAUUUCACAGGUGUUUGUCUGCCAGUUACAUUUAAUAACAAUAUAAUAUAAUCAUUACAUGACCUGACACAGACAAACAUGCCACCCACAGACAAAUGAAUCCCCAUACAGCCAGAGUCUAAUGUUGUUUAUCAUUUCCAGGGUUAUUUUUAACAAUAGCCAUCAGGUCUGACUGUACAGGACUUUACUGGUUUUGAUGCUUUUUACACAAAAUAAACACGCGCCCUGCAGAAAUAUUGAGCUGCUGGGUGGUACAAAUAACUGGAACGGACCAAAAACAUAAAUAGUGUUCACCACAUGUCAGGAAUAAUUACAAUACAGCACUUAUUGACUGGUAGGCCAGCUGGAUGCUUCAAUGAUUAGCAAUGAUGUCACUAUUUACCACACUGGGGUGUGAACAUUACAUUUUUAUUUAAUACAAAGCCAGAGAUUUCUAAAAUAUGUGUUUGUGUUAGUCUAACAUCUCAAAACACGAUUAUAUGUGGCCUGAAAUUAAGUGCCAUUCUACAAAAGUUAAAUGCAUUCACAGAGAAAAAAUUUAAAGAAGUUUUAUGGGGGUAAAAAUCUGGACAUUUUUUUUGGCCUUAACCUAGAUCAGUGGUUUUGUAGCCUAAAUUCAACAAAUCUGCAUUUUUUUUGCAAACCGUAUGUGUAUGUAUAACUACGUGUGUGUUCUGUUCUGUCCCACGAACCGCCAAACGUUUUGACCAACACUCGUAUGAGUGGUAAUGGGUGGUAUUGACAAAUAAACUCUUCUGUCAUUGAGGUUGGAGAUCUUCUGCAGCUCUUCAUAGACACACUGAAUCAAAGUAUCAUUACAAGUGAUUAAAAGAGAUUUAUUAUUUAUUCUCCUACAAGUGAACUGUUGUUAGCGAUCAGUGCCGUGUUAGCAGCACGUCAGCACGUUGGAGAGUUUAAUUUGUGACACUUUAAUUCUCAACAACUUUGUUCAAGUGUGUUCUAAUUGAUUGUAACUGUGUUGGACCCUGAGCACACACCACAGAGACGUUUCUGUUAGCUGGAGACUACUUUGUAACAAAGGUUAAACAGCCAUUAAAAUGCUUUUUAGUAGUUUAUCAGCUAAGAUAUGGGCUCAUCUAGUCAAAUAAACUGAAACUUAUGAUUUUAAGGCGAGGCACUACAGGCAAAAACAUGUUUUUUUCAUGCAUUGGUCAGUUUUGAGGUUAAGAGCUAUUUUUCUCUAUUCUUCUUUCAGAAUAGUGGAAAGGAAAUAUCCGGAACAAGGUGUAUAUUUUGUAGAUUUCUCUUAAAUUCACUAAAAGUUAGCGAUGAAAUAUUGAAUCUAAAUCAUAGCAACAAUAUAUAUAUAUAUAUAUAUAUAUAUAUAUAUAUCAUCCUCAAAUAGUAAUUUCCUCUUAGAAUGUAUAACAUAAAUUACAGGCCGUUUUCUCCAAAAUUAGUUUUUCUCAUGCUCUGAGCCAUAAAUCUUCAGCUCCACUUACAGACACCAAACUUACCAGUUUUAUUUCUAACUAUAUUCUGAACGUUUUUACAGAGGGGUUUGUCUAUAUAUCAUUCAUACCCUGAUUUAUAGAACAUUUGUUCCUAAAAACACGACGAAACUUCAUUUAACAUGGCUUUUGACAGUAUUUUCUUUAUGAAAUUUAUUUAUGAAACCAUAAAAGGAGAUAUCCCAAUAUCCCUCUGUAAAAUAAUUUGAAUCUAAUAUAUCAACAAAAUAAUAACUUUGAGAUUAGCUAUCUAAUGUUCAGGUUAAUAUCCUAGAAAUAUAUGCAAAUGAUUUAAUGAGUUAACAUUUGCAUAUCUAAACAUACAAUUUCAGAAAACUUGUAAUGCAAAAAUAUUGUCUUAAUGUAAAUAACAAACUGGGGAAGUUUCAUGGUGGUAUCUGUAAGUUAAAAAAAGAUAUCCUAUUAACUGUAGUGUCUGCCCUUAAACAUCUAAAGACAAGGUCCACACUCUGCUAAUUUAAAUGCUUCUUCAGUUGUCCUGCAUUGCUGGUGCCUUAGUUUGUAAACCUGGUACUGCUGUUUUUUUAUAAAUAUUUAUUUUUGCAUCAUACGAUACACUCCUCAUUGGUUACUAAAUAGCAUAAACAAUCAGCACCCCUUAUUAUUCACUAGGAUUAUCUGUGUACAGUCAGAAAUAUUCUCAUUCGUUUUUAUGUUUCAUGCUCUUCACCCUUCUACCAUUUAAUGUCUAUGAAUUUCAAAUGAUGUCAAGUAAUUAUACAAAGAUGAUCCUUUAAGUUUUGAGGGUUUGUGCUUUGGCUCUGGGCCCAAAAUCAGUCGGAAAAUGUUAUUUUAACAUGAUGGAAAGUGUGAUUCAACAGCCAAAGUGGAAUGUGCCUUCCUGGAUGUCCCCUCCUCUUGACGGCUGUUGUGUUUCUCAUGUGCUUGUAAUGUCUGUUAAUGUUGUUCUGAAGGACAUCAAACUAAUUUUCCUUUUACCUUUUGGUUUCUUUGUGUUAUUUGGUGUUGAGAUGGUACUCUCAGUUUUUUAAAUCAUUGUUAAAGCGGAGAGUUUGAGCUUUCUGAAGUGGAGUCAUAUGAGGUAUUAUCCAUAGUAAGUGUUUCACCUACAGUUGCUGGCAGUCAGCACAACCUAUUUUAGAAAAAAAAUAUCUUUGUUUAAGAGAACUCAAUAUUUUGAAUAUUGUCACUGCUUUACCUUGGCAUCUGACAGUCCUUUUCACCAGGGAAUCUAUUCUGUCUUCAAGCCACCAGACUCCAUUAAUAAAUGGUCAUUUUAAUUUGCAGAACACAGAAGGCUGUUGGUCUACAGCUGCUUCGAUCAGUUAGUUUGUUUGUGUUAUUUUGUGACUUUGGUGAAUCCGAACUAAGCCUUUAAAACACAGACGUCGCACAAUAACACAAACAAACUAAACGAUUGGAACAGUGGUAGACAAGAAACUCCUGUGGUAAAGGUAAAAUUACUGUUUUUGUCAAUGGAGUCUGGUGGCUUGAAGAGAGAUACAUUAGGGCUGGGCGAUAUGGCCAAAUGUUUCUAUCCUGAUUCAAUUUCACAUCUCAAUUAUGGUGUAUAUCAUGUUUAAGCAUAUUUUCUAGUGAAUUAAUAAAUAGUCAGAAUGAAAUAAUCACAUGGUACUCCAUACUCCCUCCAGCUUACUCCUAUGUGCAUGGAAAAGUUUGCCCUAACGCAGUUCAGCCUCUGUUUUUGGACAUUGUGAUAGAAACAAUCUAUCAAAAAUAACACAGUAUAACAAAAUGUACCAAUAUUUUUUUUUACAUAAUUCUGAUGUUAUAUGCUGUCACAUGACCCAGCCCUACCUCAUGUCAACGUAAACAGAGCUGUCUGACUGUAAGGUAAAGCAGUGAAAAUAUGCUUUAUAUAGCGUUAUACUGAAACUGAAAUUAGUUUGUUUGAGGUUUUUCUUUUGCUGGCUAAAAUUGAAUUAAUAGUGUCUUUCUCAACAGCUGUAGCAGUACAUCUUUCAUAUCAAUAAUCCUGCUUAUUUUUGGGGUCAUGCUGGCCAUCAUCUAACUUUUUAAAAAUCUGAACCAUCCCUUUAAUGUUAAAUAUCCGCUCAGUUUUCUGUUUUGUCUUGGAUUUUUUCUUAUGAUUUUCCUUUCUGGAGUAAACUUUUCGACUAGACAGCAGAGUUGUUGCUACACUGAGAGUAAUAUUGUCAAAGUAGGAGUAAAAUGCUUCUUUUCUUGAAUACUAGAAGACUGUUAUGAGGUGAGACCUGGCAAAUAAGAGUGUUAAAAACAGUUAAUGGCUGAAUGUUUAUGAAUUGAAUCUCAGUUUUUCAUUUAAGUUUUAUAAAUUGUGAUUCUUCCACUAAAUGGCACUUUUCCUUUCAAUCCUUCUCUGAAAUAAACAGCUUCCAGGC